UUGUCAAUGGAGAACAGUACAGAAGUGACUCAGUUCAUUCUGCUAGGACUAACCAACGCCCUUGAACUGCAGAUCCUUUUUUUAAUCUUAUUCACUCUCAUUUACCUUAUCAGUUUGUUUGGGAACCUGGGGAUGAUCAUGCUGAUCCUGCUGGACUCUCAGUUGCACACUCCCAUGUACUUUUUCCUCAGUAACCUCUCUCUGGUGGACUUUGGUUACUCCUCAGCUGUCACUCCUAAGGUCAUCGCUGGGCUCCUCGUGGGAGACAAUGUUAUCUCCUACAAUGCGUGUGCAGCUCAAAUGUUCUUUUUUGUAGCCUUUGCCACUACAGAAAGUUACCUCUUGACUUCAAUGGCCUAUGACCGCUACGCAGCAGUGUGUAAACCCCUCUAUUACACCACCACCAUGACAACAAGUGUGUGUGCUUGUCUGGCUGUAGGUUCCUAUAUCUGUGGUUUCCUAAAUGCCUCCAUCCACACUGGCAACACGUUCAGUCUCUCCUUCUGUAUGUCCAAUGUGGUCCAUCACUUUUUCUGUGACCUUCCAGCAGUCAUGGUUCUCUCUUGCUCUGAUAGAUAUGUUAGUGAGUUGGUACUUGUUUUUGUGGUGAGCUUCAAUAUAUUUUUUACUCUUCUGGUUAUACUGAUUUCUUACCUUUUCAUAUUUUUCACCAUACUUAAGAUGCAAUCAGCUGAGGGAUACUGGAAAGCUUUAUCCACCUGUGCUUCUCACCUCACUGCUGUCUGCAUCUUCUACGGGACAUGCAUCUUCAUGUACAUGCAGCCCAGCUCCAGUCAUUCCAUGGACACAGAUAAAAUGUCAUCUGUGUUCUAUGCUAUGGUCAUCCCCAUGCUGAACCCUCUGGUCUAUAGCCUGAGGAACAAGGAGGUCAAGAGCACAUUCAAGAAGGUUGUUGAGGAGGCAAAAUUGUCUCUAGGCUUAAUCUUGUAA